GGCAGGAGGCGAGCCCCUCCGGUUGCGCGUCAGCAUCCCCUCAAAUAGAAAUCCACUGCUGUCACUUCUGCUCUCCAUGCUUAGAGACGAACGACUGGAACCCCGAAACAACAAUUAAAGGCGAAUUUCGUUUGGCAUGCAGCUGUUUUUUUUCGUGUGAUGCCAAAGAAGAAGAGUAAAGGGAGGCUGUGAAGAGGCUGGAGCUUUCCAAAGAAUGAUAGUGAGGAUCAAUGCGCGCUGUCCCAGGAGAACUCAUCUGAAGAGCUGGCCGUGAGACACCGGGAUGCUCCUCUAACGCACCGGGGGGCGAGUUUUCCUGAGCAGACGGUCUGUGUGGCAGAGUUUUAGCCCAAGUGGAAGUGAGUGAGUGGGUGUCAUGGAUGACAGCGAAGCAAAUGUCGAGGACCCUCCCUACCAGAACUUGCUGCUCCUGGGAGCCAUUGCAGCAGCAUCUGCCUUUGUGGUCACCAUCCUUAUUGUCCUUGUCUGCGUUGGCUGCCAAAGAAAAAGCAAGAGCAAGCACCCCCCAGCUGGAGAGAAAGGGACAUCUGUAAAUAUGCAGGGUACACUUCGGCAUCCAAAACUGAACUCCAUGAGCAAAUCUGACACCAGGCUGCAUGAGAUCAAUCGUUUUCCCUGCAAUGGAAACUCUGUUAGUAAGAGCCGUCCAGCCAGUAUGGACCUCCUGCUCCUCCACAGUCGAUGCUCCCAGACAGACCUGAGGCCCUCCCAUGGGCGCCAGCUUCCCCAGAUUCCCACCAGUCCCCAGGGAUCCGGCCAGGGGGAGGGAGGGGAAGCAGGAGGGGAUGGGGGAGGAGGAGGAGGGGAUGCCAGAGACCACACGUACACCGAGGUGGGCCUGCGCAACAACCCCACACCCACCCACUGCCUGGACGAUGGCUUGUACGAAAGUGUAGGUGUCCGGGAAAGUGAUAUGGGCCCCAAGGCACCCUCUGCCCCACCACCCACAUCAGCCAACACUCCAGCUAUGAUCAGAGCUGCCCAGAGCCCCCCAGCUCACACCAACGGAGCCCGCAAUGGAAACGGGCACGGCAACGGUGGCAGAGGGAAUGGCAGAGGCAAUGGCAGGGGGAAUGGAAGAGGGAAUGGCACCAUUAACAAUUCGAUGACAGGUAGAGGUAAUGGGGCGAGUGGGGUCAAUAGGUCCCCUCUGUCUUCUGUUAACUCCCUGGCCAUUCAAGACCCAACUGCAGCAGAGUACGCUUCCAUACGGAAAUUCAGAAAGGCUGACAAGACAAACAGGAAGGAAAAUAACGGUGCCGACAGCCAGUCAGACAGCCAGUCGAGCGUGAGUGAUUCACCCUCUGCUGCCCCUCCUCCACUACAUCGCAGUCAGGAGUUUCCACGCAAGCCGCUGGAGCCGUUUCACCUGCACUCCUUCCCAAAGGAGGCGGUGUUCAUGGGCAACGGGGAGCAGUACAUCUGGAAGCCCCCAGAGGAUGAUGACAUCAUCACCUUGCACCCACCUCCACGCCGUGGCGAGAAUGGACAGGGGCACCCAUCUCCCCCAACUGCAAAGGAGAUUGCAGACACUUACUCUAUCGUGUGUAAAACCCAGAAGAAGAAACCUCCUAUGGAAAACAACGGAGCAAAGACCCUCCCACGCUCCUUUGGUGGGGAGAGAGGAAAUGCGGGUUCCCGAGGCCGAGGCAGAGGAGUCCAGGGCCAGGCACGCUCUCAGGAGGAGCCCUGCUAUGAGCCGGUAGGAGACAGGUCCUGGCCCACAUGUGUAAUGGCCGAGUCUGACCCUGCGUACGCUACUAUCGACACCCACCGGAAACGUGAGCAGGGGGGAACGAAUAACAGCACAGCUGGGGGUAAUGCCACUCUGAAGAGAAAGAAGCAAACGCCGCCGCAGCAGCAACAGCAGGCACCACCAGCAGCAUCUCAGGGCUCAGGACCCACCGCCCUGCCUGUUAGAGGCCUGCCUGGUGGGGAAAACUUCUAUGAGACCAUCAGUGAUGUGAAACAAGGAGGCAACAGCUCCAGCACCACCACCAUCUUCACCUUCAAUGAUGGGAUGGAAAUGUAUGUCACCGGCCUGUAGCUGGCGGACAGGCAGAAAGGGACCAGAACCCUCUGAUACAGAGUCAUGAAAGGGACCCUCCUGUUCACCGGCCAGCAAGAUGCUGUACAUAGACAAACAACAUGAGGAUCCAUUUUAUGUUGACAUCAGGUACAAACAGGGUCUUAAUCCAGGUUCAGAUUUCCCUUGAUUGGUCUGUACUUCAGAACCAGCCUAAGCCUAGUCCAGCCCACAUAAUGGACCAAAUACAUUUUAACAAAGAAAAAAAAAACUAAGAAAAGAAAACCGGAAUAUAAAUCUUCAACCUACUGUGUUACUGAACAUACUCACCUGUUUGUGCAUCAUUUUCCAUAAUAUCUUUAUUUUUAUAUGAACACUGUACUCUUUAAAGAGUAUGUGGUGUAACUCACAACCUGAGAAAAACACACUUUAAUAUAUAUCUAACAAAAGAAAUGUGCAUGCAUUGUGCAAACUCAAACUCACACCUGGAAAUCGACAUUAGUAGCAAGGAAGCAGGCUAUGAGGCACACUAUUGUCACCCACACACAGACACACUCACACAUAUGCCUCAUCUUGGGGGGACUUGUGUAAUAUAACCAGAUGGAUGUCACAGAGAUUUGUGGUGCUUAGCUUGCACUAAGCAGACAUCUGAAACAGGUUCGCAUUGUUGUGCUUUGUUCAAACGCAGGCCUAUAAUUUGUAGGCCUUCGUAAGCACAGAUGUAUGUGAAGGCUAUGUGAAGGGUCCCUGUUUCACAAAUUCCCAUCAAUGUACCCUUAACAUACUAGCAGUUGCCAGUAACAGCCAUCUCGAUGACUAUAAAAAGUAACUUUUGCUCAACAACGUUACCUUCACAUAAAUUAUGAGAUUAGUUAACAGUUCACGCUCAGAUUUGACAAACAUCUGCAGCCAGAGGCAUGAUGACUCAAACCAACAUACCCCCACGCAGAUAUACACAUACUUGGCAGAGUCAUGCAGGCUAAAGUGAUCAGGUCAGGGGCAGGGUUGUGCAAGAAUUUGAUAUGGUGACAGAUUUCACAAUGUGAGACCUUUACUGUAUUACUGGGAUGAGAGAAAAAUAUUUUCAGAAAAAUAAGGAAGUGAAAGAGUGUCCAGAAUAACACAGGAUGCUUCAUCCUGUGCAGUUAAUAUGUCAUGACUUUUGGGCUUUGUAAAAAUCAGAUUUUAUGACCACUGUAAUUUUGCACUGGACAGCUGGACAGCUGCUUGGCUUAAUUGCGCAUUAACAUGCUGUAAAGGGCAUUUCCAAACACAGUUCUGAUUCGCUCUCUGGUAUCAAGUUAAAGCCAGAGCUCCCCAUAGCUCACCAAACCUAAGUCUGGUGGUUGAAAUAGCAACACAAGACUCCAAGAAAAACAAAGAGCUGGGCAUAAAAAUGACUAGCAAGUGUCCUUUGGAAGGUUGCCCCUUGCCCUCUCCCCACUGGUGGAAGAGUUCUCUUCCAUUAUGAACAAUGUCUUUCCCAUGUAGCUUUGGGGAACAUUAAAAAGAGAAAAAAAAAAAACAGAAGAAGAAAUCAAAACA